GAAACUGCGGUAGUCCUGUUUCUUCCGCUCUUGGCUGUCUUACCACCCUGGCCCCUUGUUCCAAUCCGACGCGAGUUUCGCAGGUAGUAGAAACACCUCAAGAAUAGCAUCGAACAUCGCCUUGGCUUCUCUAUAAUGAAUUUACUCUGCUCUUCCUGAAGGGCAUCUGAAUUAACAGCCAAUAGGAUUGCUCCGAGACUAGAGACGGUCUUCAUGCUCUCUCGUCGCAUGCAUGCAUGCAUCUUUGACCUCUUCGCCGGUACCAGAACGUUUUUUAACCGCCCGCUAUUAUAUGUACGUCACACACUGGUACCGUUUGUAGUACCUUCCGCUACGCUCUCCUCGGCGUCCGUUCUUGGUAUCUUGGGUUUUCUCUCGUCGAGACUUCCAAGGCGACUCACGAGGCAGUUGACAUCCUCUAGAAACACACCUGCAUGGAUUAACUUCAAUCGGAACGGAACCUGCUGCACUGAUCUACAUUUCCUGCGAGGCAAACAAAAGUCCAAGAGCGCCUCAUCUAGAUCUCUAGGCAUGCCAAGUUGCCAAGGCGUGCUGGUUGCAACCAAGCCCGCCCUCGAAACAACAAACACAACGCUCCGCCCUCAACAGCCCACUUUCCCAUAGUCCCAAGGAGCGGAGAGGAGCCGCCGCAGAUACAAGACCCGCUCUUGGACAUGGC